AUGCACCGUAAUAACAAGGAAAAGUCUUCCAAUGCUCACAAGUUUUAUGAAGAAUGGAUGGACUACAAAGUUCCUGAACGAAGAGCUUCUACAACAACUACACAAACAGUUUCAAGCAUCAAAUCUGGAAAAUAUAAGCUCUAUGAUGAGUAUAACUCAAAAUUGGCACAAACACCUACAAUUGCUUCUACUACACCGCCGCCGCCGCCAGUUGUUACUACUCCUCCAAAAAUGAAACGUCAAUCUCUACCUGUUAUCCAGCCGAUCAGAGAAAAAAGAGGAAAAUCAAGUAGCUCACGCGGCAGCAAACCAAUUGAUUUCGAUAAUUUGGAUGAUGAGCUCAAAGCGAGGAUCCGGAAAGAUUUUGGCCCAUUUUACAAAUGGGUGAGAAAUGGUCGAACAGACGAUUUGAAGCGAGAAAUAAUUGAGAAACUUUUAUUUAAAUAA